AUGAGACCACUGACUGGCGAAGAGACUCAGGCUGUGUUUCAAAAGUUGGCAAAUUUCAUAGGCGAGAAUGUGAGACUGCUGAUAGAGAGAGACGAUGGUAGAUACUGCUUUCGGGUCCACAAAGACCGAGUUUACUACUGUAGCGAGUUUCUCAUGAAACAAGCAGCUUGCAUUGCAAGGGAGCCAUUACUCAGUUUUGGUACUUGCUUGGGGAAGUUCACAAAAACGAAAAAAUUCUACCUUCACAUCACUGCUUUAGACUACAUGGCACCAUAUGCUAAG